AUGGAGGGGAAAAAAACCUCGCCAACAGAGUCGCUGGCAUCGUCAUUCCCCGUCAUCCCCCUCCACGCGCUCAGCGAGCCGCUGCCUCCCACGCGCUUCCCCGCCCCGGUGGGACCCACCGUCGCCACGAGGCCCGGACGAAAGGGCCGAUCCGCUAAGUGGCACGUGGCGGACGAGAUCCGGCGGUUCGAUCCGGGUCGGGCACACGAAUCCGGAUCAAAACUCACAUUCUCCACCCGGAUCCGGGAAUUCUUCCGGGGCUCCGACUGCAAGCUCCGUUUCUUCAUGACGCUGAUCUCCCCCACCGUGGAUUCGUUCGGCGAGAGAGAAUCCUUCGCCGUCGAUAGCCUCUUCCGAUCCCACCGAAACGCCUGCCUCGUCAUCGUCUCAAAUUCGAUGGACUCCGAACAGGGGCGAGCGCUGCUGAAACCAUUCAUCGACAACCAAUUCCGGGUCACCGCCGUGAAGCCCGACUUCGCUGCCGCGUUCAAAAACACGCCCGCCGAGACCUGGUUCCGCGACCUGAAGUCGGGUCGGGUCAGACCCGGGGACGUCCCCGUCGCGCAGAACCUCUCCAAUUUGCUCCGCCUCGCCCUGCUGUACAAAUUCGGCGGGAUCUACCUCGAUACCGACGUCGUGGUCCUGCGGAGCUUCAACGGGUUGAGGAAUUGCAUCGGCGCACAGACCGUCGACGCCGUGACGGGGAAUUGGAGCCGGCUGAACAACGCCGUGUUGAUUUUCGAUCGGAACCACCCGCUGGUUUAUCGGUUCAUCGAGGAGUUCGCGAGGACGUUCGACGGGAGCAAGUGGGGGCACAACGGGCCGUAUCUGGUUUCGAGGGUUGUGGAGAGGGUGAUUGGGGAUUCGGGUUUUAAUUUCACGGUGAUGCCGCCGGCGGCGUUUUAUCCGGUGGAUUGGAGCAGGAUUGCGGCCCUGUUUCACGGUCCGAGGGGAAGGGUUCACGCGCGGUGGCUGAGGAAGAAGCUGGAGCAGAUCAAGAAGGAGAGCUUCGCCGUACAUUUGUGGAAUCGGCAGAGUCGGGAUGUGAAGAUUGAAGAUGGAAGCGUGAUGAGUCGGAUUAGGAUGGAGUACUGUAGUACUUUCUGCAACUCUUCUUCUUCUUCUUCUUCUUGA